GCUCCCUUAUUGCAUCGUGAUAAGUAAAAUAACAAUUUAUUUAUAUUUUUCUGUUGUUUAAUGAACAUCUAAGUUUUUACAUCGAGCUGUAGCCAAAAUCAAAAUAUAUUUUACCAAGGAUUUCAAUGAAGUAGUGUUUCAGGUAGUAGAAGCUGAUGAAAUACUUCAAAAUGGGUACAAUAAAGUUGCUAUAAAAAUAAUUGAUCUACAAUACGUUGACCAAGAGUACGUUGAGAAAUUUUUUCCAAGAGAGCUUUCCGUGCUCAAAAAGGUCCGCCACCGACAUAUUGUUAGAAUGAUUGCACAUUUCAUCAUGGAUGGAAAGGCGUUCUUGGUGUUGGAACACCAUGGUCAAGGUGACUUACUAUCUGCAAUAAAUGACGAUGAAACGUACUUCCGUCUCACACCGGAAGUGGCCCGGAAAUGGAGCUGCCAACUGUGCGAAGGUUUGGAGUACCUUCAUCGGCUGCGAAUUGCACACCGUGAUCUGAAAAUGGAAAACGUUUUGAUCUCCACGAACUUUAACAUCAAAAUCAGCGAUUUUAGUUUUGCCAGGGAGUUAGUGGGUAGAACUCGUCUCAGUGAAACUUAUUGUGGGUCUCACGCAUAUGCAUGCCCUGAAGUUUUAAAAUGUGUACAGUACGAUCCUCAUAAAGCUGACGUCUGGGCACUCGGAGUGCUGCUAUUCGGACUGCUCAACCGUCUUAUGCCUUUUCCCGAUCAUCCCAAUCCCGUCGUCAUCAUCAGACUUCAAUUAGGGCGUCAGUACCGCUGGAGCAGCAACGUACACCUCCUUCCAAGAAGUCACGAACGGAUUUUUGCAAUGGAUUUAGUGGAUUCAAUGUUAUCUCCCGCUGAAAGCCUGAGACCAUGUUUAUCAAGAUCUGUGAAACACCCUUGGUUGUAUCCUUGUCGUCAAGGUGGCGCUACUCUUAUCACUCCAGAAGAGGCCUUUCUCAUUUGGAAACGAAACAAAAACUCUAACUGACAAACUACUUAUUUCUGUUUUCUUAUUAAAUACGUGAUCGGUUUAUGGUCCACAUUCUCUUUCUUAGCAAUUAAAGGCCGAUCGUUUCUUGCUUGUGUUCCUUUAAAAAAUAGAUAAAUUAAGUUUUAAGAAAUUGCAAAAGAAAGAACGGUGUAAAACUAAGCAUUUUGUUAUAGAACAUAAUUGUUUACUGUUUAAAUAUUAUAAAAAUUCAAAGUUACUUUCAUACUUUUAUUCAUCGACGACAAAAUAUAUGUAUUGAUCUAUUAUCUAUACGGUGUUAAAAAUCUAAA